AUGGACUUUCAGCCCCCCAACUCUGCGAACGAUACGCCUAUAGAGGCUAAGAAGCGCUCGAAACUCCGCGCAACGUGCGAUGCUUGCAUUGCUGCCAGAAUUCGAUGCAGCCGUAAUAUUCCUCAAUGUGUUCGUUGCCAAGUAUACAAGAUUGAAUGCGUGUAUGGCGUUUCAAAGCGC